UCCGGGGCGGGUCGCCGCCUCCCCUCUCCCGGUGCUCGCGGGACGCUCCGCGCUGCUGCCGGGUCGGGCCAUGUUCGCGGGUCGCAGGAGGAGGAAACCGGUGCCUCGGGCGCAGCGCCCGCCGCCCGCCGCCUCCGACCCGUCCCGCCGGCACCGGGAGCGCCUCAACCGCGAGCUGGAGCGGCUGGCGAGGCUCCUGCCCUUCCCCGAGGACGUGGUGGCAGGGCUGGACAAGCUCUCGGUCCUGCGCCUCAGCGCCGGCUACCUCCGUGCCAAGAGCUUCUUCAGUGUUGCUCUAAAGAAUCAUGGUGCAGAAGAAGCGGAGAGGGAUGGAGACUGCAGCAACAGACCAGCCCCAGGCUCAGCAACACUACCAGAGGGUGAGCUGCUCCUACAGGCACUCAAUGGCUUCGUGCUGGUAGUGACAUCAGAAGGAUUGAUAUUCUACUCCUCACAUACAAUUCAGGACUAUCUGGGAUUUCAUCAGACGGAUGUCAUGCACCAGAGCGUCUUUGAGCUGAUCCACACCGAGGACCAGCAGGAAUUCAGACGCAACCUCCACUGGGCCCUCAACCCACCCCAUGCCCCUGAGGGUGACCCUUCUCCAGAAGAGGGGAAGAGUCUUGGCUCUUCUGCUGUCCCUUACAAGCUGGAUCAGCUGCCCCCAGAAAACUCCUCCUUUCUGGAACGGAGCUUCGUGUGCCGCUUUCGCUGCCUCCUGGAUAAUUCCUCUGGCUUCCUGGCUUUAAACCUUCAAGGCAGGCUGAAAUUCCUUCAUGGGCAGAACAAAAGAUCUGAAGAUGGGUCUGCCCUGCCACCCCAGCUUGCCCUCUUUGCUAUCUCCACCCCCUUGCAGCCCCUAUCUAUUCUGCAGAUCCGAACCAAGAAUAUGAUCUUCAGGACAAAGCACAAGCUGGACUUCACCCCCUUGUCAUGUGAUGCCAAGGGGAAGAUCGUUUUGGGCUACACUGAGGCGGAGCUGCGGAUGUGUGGCACUGGGUACCAGUUCGUCCACGCUGCUGACAUGCUGUACUGUGCUGAGAACCACAUCAGGAUGAUGAAGACGGGUGAGAGUGGCCUGACGGUCUUCCGCCUGCUGACGAAGGACAAUCGCUGGAAGUGGGUGCAGGCCAACGCUCGGCUCGUGUACAAGAACGGCAAGCCUGAGUACAUCAUUGUCACACAGAGACCCCUCGUAGAUGAAGAAGGAGGGGAGCACCUUCGGAAUCGGUCCACGCAUCUUCCCUUUACCUUUGCUACAGGAGAGGCACUCUUAUACCAAAGUGCUUACCCUCUCCCAGGCUUCCCUGACCCUUUCCAGAACAAAGAGAAAACCAGCAAGUCCAAGAAGACUUCCCACAGCCGUGGAGAGCGCGCCCAGAAGGAUGGCAUUGACCCCAGUUCUCUGCUGGGUGCUGUGAUGCGACAGGACAAGGCAGUGUAUACCUCCCAUCCAGCUCCUGCACCUAACUGUUCCUUCAGCAGCAGUUUCCUGGACCACUUCAAGGAUGUGUCCUUGCUGGAUGAAGGAAGAGAUGCCUGGAGUAUGGGUGCUGCUCCAGUUUCUACAAGAGGAGACAGCCUUGAAGAGGACCUUGUGGAUUUGCAGCAGGACCACCCUCUCUUGACCACCCUGGACUCACUCUCAAUUAAGGGUGAUGAGAGCUGUUCCAACACUGAGCUCUUCAGUGCGCUGGAAGGCCUGGGCUUGAACGCUGAGGAUCUCGAGCUCCUGCUGCUGGAUGAAAAAAAGGUGACGGUCAAUAUGGACCCUGACUGCACCUCAUCCCAGAACAAUUGCCUUGCCAGCAAUAAGAUUCUUUCCUACUUCCAUGCCACUCUGGGGAACAAGUACGAGGGAGGACAACAGGUCUGUCCCAUGCCAGGCACAUCCUCAAGCCCACCUGGAAGCACUGCUCCAUGCCAGGCCCGUGUGGAGGACGAGGACUCGCAGUACCUGCCCCAGCACGUGGUGCAGCCUGGCAUUGCUUGGCACCAGCAGGCUGCUCCGCUGUGGGAACAGCCCCUCCAUGCCAUGCCAGGGCAGCAGCCCGCGCCUCUGCCAGUGCCAGCCAAGGAGGGCGAAAAGCUGUUGGAUGGCUCACAACGGAGGCCAGCUGGGGAGGAGGGUCUUCUCCUCUUCCUCCAGCCAGCACGGCGAACUUUGUGGGACAAGGCACCCGGUUCACCCCCGGGAGCUCCCUGCCUGCAGGAGCCACCUGAUGUUCAGCAGCUGGGGAGUGACUUCACAGCCAGGCAUCUCAACCGAGAAGAUGCCCCCCAGUCCUUCUCCCUGCCCAGCCAGUGCCAGGGCUGCCUGGGACCGCCCUGCCAGCUGAGAGACCAUCACUUGCUGACGAAUGGGUUGUGUGGUCACAGCCCUGAAUCUCCUCCACACCUCCUUGCCAGCAGCAGCCCCGGCCCAUGGCAGGACUGUGUUUCCCCACUCCUGGGGUCCCCAGCUCAGCCUGGUUUUCAUGGCAUCAGUCAAGACUUGAUCUCCCAGCACCAGGGCUGCUUGGGUCCAGGGCCCAGUGUGUCAGUGGUACACUCUAACCUGAAUGGAUUAUGCAGCAUGGAAACUGCAGGCAGCAGGGGAUCCCAGGAAGAGAUGAUUCCAUACUCUGGGUUCUUCCCCACCUUCUCAUACCAGCUUACUCCCACGAAGCAGCUGAGCCCUGUUUCCUCUGUGGCCCCUCACCCUUUUCCAAGCUCAUCUGCGGAGUGCUUCAGAAGCAUCAGCAGCCUGUUGGAGACUCCUAUGAAUUCCUGUGGGACAUAUUCCUCCGCGCUGAGCCAGGAGAGCAGGCAGAAGCCUGAAAGCAGCUAUGUUUUGCCCAGCGCUGGAGACUGCCUGGUGCUGGGGGGAUGCCCGGCUUCCCCCUGCCAGCCACGCUCCCAGGCAGGGGCAUUGCCAGAUAACCCUCAUGCCUCCAGCAGCAACUUCUGUCUCUAGGAGAGAGAGACUGGACUAGACAAAGCAGGACUAUUCCCCAGGAAAGGAGCUGCCUUCAAGCUGCAGGAAACAAACCUUCCCCCUGCUGUGUUGGUUGCUGUGACUGGGCGGGGUUUUUUUUGGGUUUUUUUUAGCUAUUUUUUUAUCAACUUCCCCACCCUCCUGCCCCUGCUGAGGCUCCAUGUGCUGGUCCUGUGGAGGCAUCCCUGGUCUGGGACAGAAGGCAGGUUUCCUCAGGGCACGGGAGCGAGCAGGGCUAUGAUGCAGGUCAGCCAGCAGCUGCAGCCUCGUCUUUAUGUCAUGGUAUCCAGGAGCUAUGUGGCUCUGGGUCAGCUGGAGGAUCUCAGGGCACAUUUGUCACUUGCCAUCUCUUGUCCUAUUCACCCAGCCUCCUUACUCUUGUUUCCCUGGUGGGGUGUCUGUCCAUCCUGCCUGUGUAUCUUACUGAGAGUCAACUUUGAAAUGCUUCAGUAUUUUGUGUUUGCUGCUGUCUUUUAAAUGGCAUUUGAAGAGUAACUAUGGCUGUGGAACGAAAGAAAAAAACAUUGCUCUCUAUUGGCAGCCAGGCAAGUCCUGCACUUUGCCAAGACACCAGGGAGCAAGCUCUCCAUCACAGAAGUCUUUGCAGUUCUCCUGUUAAGAGAAUGCAUUUUUGGUGCUUUUUGCAAGGCUUUUGGAAACCCAGGCUGCUUCCAUGGUGGUCACUUGGCUCCCAUGGUUUGGUAGUCCCCGACAGUGUCUGUGGAAGGCAGACAGGCAGGUUUCUGAUAGCUAACAUCCUCCAGCUUCACCAAAGCUUGGCAAUUACGUUGGUGAUCCAACACAGAUGCAAGACUUGUGUGUCCAAAACAAAAAGAAAAUAGGAAAGGCUUUCACCUCUGGUGUUACAUUUCCUGCCGUCCCAGCGAGGCAGCUGUGGCUGUGACUAUGUUGUACAAAUAUUGCCUGUUUUAUAAAGAAAGUGAACCCUGACUUGUGUUCUCAUGUUGCACUGGUCCUUUUUCACCACCAGGUUUCCUUGUGUCCCAGGUGUUCCCGUGUGAUGGGAUCCAGACUAGGCCUCCUGAAGCAGACUCCUUGGAGUUUGCUGAACUGUUUAUGACAUCCCCAGCCUGGCUGAUAAGCAGUUUUUCUUGGGUGUAGGACAACUCUCUGUGGGACAACUCUACCCGGCCAGCUGUACACAGCCAAUUCUCUGUGGGGACAACUCUAUACAGGGAGCCUUUAACCCUCUCUGUGUAGGGUUGUCCUUGCAGAGAGUUGUCCAACAUGAAGAAUUGUCCUUUUCUGUUUUUCCCGUGGGUGAUGGGGUCUGAAGUACCUGAACAGAUAGUGGGGGUCAUUCUCAAACAGCAGGAGCAGGUUAGCGUAUAGACACAGAUGCGGGAUAUGGCUUAAAAAGGUUGCAGAUAAGUAGUGGAACUGCCUAACCUAAGCAAAUGAUUGCAGAUUUGCUGUGCAUAAAGUUUUCAAUACAAUAAAGUAAAUAAUUAAAAUAAUACUUAAUUUUAAGCACAGCUAGAGUAAUAUUUUCCCACAGAAAAGGCUUACAUACAGCGUGUAUGUAUGUAUUUUCACCUAGAGGUAAAAAUUCCUCUUGCCUUCCCAAAGUAGUAGUCAAUGGGAUGGGACAAAAAGGCUGCUCAGAAGAUCAGAAAUACAGUGACCUUUAAGAAACCUGACACAGCAUCAUCCCUGCUCCUGUGUACCCAGCUUUGGUUUCAUAUGAACUUUCUGUGCUUUUUGUUUCAAUAAACGUUUUCAGACUUCAGCCCCUGACAUCUCCCUUGCUGGCUCUGUGUCUCCUCCUCAUCUCAAGGUGUCAGGGUUUGGCUGAUCCUGUGUGAUGGAGGCAGCCGCAAGCUGUGCAGUCGCGAUGGUUAAAAAACCUUCUUCUGUAUGUCGCCCCCCACCAGAGGAAGACAGAACCCUUACAAGGCUCCUACAAAGUAGCUUUUUCAGCUUGUACCUGCUGUUCCUUGCUCCUGUGAGUGCACUCGGGUAGUGCAGUGGAAAGAGACCAGCCUGGAGAGCUUUGUCCAUUGCCGUUGGUGAACAGCAGAGCUUUACAGGGCUGGAGAAAGGGGCAGCUUGGCUUCCAUGUGAGUGUGGGGUGCAGGCUGCACGUGCGGUUACCUGCGAGAGCUUUUACUCUAUGACCUUCUGAUUUAAGAAGAUGCCUACACUAUGCAGAACCAGACGCUUUCUGGGCCAGGCCAGGAAAGCUCUCUUUUAUGCAGGAGUUUGAAAUGUGACCUUUGCUUAGGUUUGGGGUGAAAGUGAAAAGUUCUUUAUGAAAUCAGUUGUGCUGCCUUGUAUGUGUAAAAAAAUAUAAUUUUAUAGAAAUAUAAAAUGUAUAAUUUAUAAAAUGUCUAUAUAAUAUAAUGUGUCUUUUAACACAAACUGGAUGAUACUUUUCCACUGCAUUGCUUUUUUUCAAUCUGAGAAUUACAAAAAACACGUUUGUUCUUCUGAAUGUUAAAUUUUAAAAGAUUCCCACCCCUACCUGACACCUAAAGUAAGGCAAUAGUGAAACAUUUCUCAAGUUUGAUGGAAACAUACUUGGAGAAUUAGAUCUUGUGUGGUUUCUGUACACUGCUCUGCUUUUUCUCCCUUUUUCUCCCCAAGGAGUAGGCUAUGGGCAGCACAACACACGCUGGUGGGGAUGGAGGGACAACCACUCUCAGCACUGUGGCACAGACACAGGAGCAUCUUUGUGGCUGUAGGUCGCUGGCUUCCAAUGGUCCAUUGCAUCCCAGGCUCUGAGAACAACCUGACUGCUAGCAAACUUUCCCCGUGAGCCAGGUCCUGGAUGUGUGGGCAAUCACACCAUCACCAAAUACCCUGACUGUUUUCUACACUUACUUGCCUCUUGUCUCCACAGCCCCAAAAGCUUCCCAACAGCCAGACUGACCUCGGGAGGACUGCAGCCUUCCCGGCUUUGUCACCAGGGUUCUGUGCUUUACUCAACCAUGGUGUUUGUCUGAUGCUGUGUUUCUAUGAGGUCUGUGGAGCAAAAACCAUCAUCGUUGCAGUGGGAGGUGCCCGGCAGCAGGUGCCCUCUGCUCUCCUCUCUCCAAGGAGGGCAGCACAUCCAUAAUUCAUGCUCUAUCCUCACACCAGCUGCUGCUUUUCCUCCCCUGGGCUUUAGGACAAUGAUUUGCAACACACUAGGCCAGCCUGGGGACCAUGACUGUAGCAAAAUCUCCUAUGUGAGCUGCAGCAAAGGAGAAGCUGCCGUUCAGCAUCCUGGCACCCACAGACUGCCCUGAGCCGUGGCAGUAGAAAAGGGGCACCAUGCAGAUGCGCUGUUGCACUCUUGUUGGCACGCCUGGGGUGAGCACUGCUUUGUGGAAUGUGUUCACCCCUGAAGAGCUGGAUGAGCUCAAGGAAGGUGCGAGAAAAGAGCAUGGAGAGAUUCGGGGAGUGCUUGUGUAGCUCUGGGCUCAGCUCUGUCCGAGGAAAGGCAUGAAGAGCAGUGGUGGUUCCUGGCAGCAGGGUAAGAUGUGUUUGGCUGGCCUUGCUCCGGUUGUACUGGGGAGACGAAAGUCCCCAGUACACUGCUCUGCCUAUACCCUCCUAGUGCUGCACCCUCCGUGCACGCUGCUCUGCCUCCAGGCCUCUGCCCUGUGGUUGUGGGCAGCCAAAAAUACAUGACCUAAGUAUGAUUCCAAGAGAACUUAUUGUUAAUUAAUGUUUGAACAAGCCAAGCAAAGCCUUAUUUAAGUGCAUUUGUGAUCCACUUGGGUGCCUGACUGGCACUGAUGAGAUGCAGCCUCCUCGCGUGGGGAGAUGGAGGUCAGCGGCAAGGAGGAGCUGAGCCUGGGUGAGUCCCAGGGCCUCUCGAGGUGUCCCCUCACCUGUAGCAGGAGAUGUGGCUGAUCUGGGAGUGAUGGUGAGAGUGUCAGGGCUCUGAUUGUGUUCAGCUGGGUUGCAGCUGGGGAGGAAGCAGAUUUAGCACUUUCAAUGGCAUGCAUGUUGGGGAGGAGGAGAUCAAAGGAGGUCUGUUUUUUAACUCUGCAUCUUUUUCCUUUACCUUCAUGCCGACCAUUUUCCUAAGCUGCAGCAAAUGCCAGCCAGGGCAGGGGUCUGCGGGUUGCAGCCUGCAGCAAACAAGACUCCUGGCUCAAGCAAGCUGAGAGAGGUAACAUCUGAUGCUGCCUGCAGAUGAGACUGAAAGCACUGGUCCCCAGAUGUCCCCCAGGGCCUCAAGGCAGCGGAAAGCAAGGUAAAUAUUUCUAUAAAAGCUCAGCUUGGUGUUUGCCCACACCGCCUACAUGCACCAUGCAUUAUAUAUGGAGGCUUUGUGCAUUGGAGAUGACGGAGGAUGGGGGGUUGGUGUUUGUUCACACUUGGCCCGUGUCCUCUCCACUGCCUAUGGCUCAGUGCCAGAGCUGAACUGAGCUCCUGUGGGGGGCGGGAGGAGAGCUCUGGACCGGUGCUACAUCCUGACUUGGGACACCUGGUAGUGGGUGCGAAGUUAGCUAGUGUAUGCCUGGGGAACAGCUGAGACACCUUUCAAUUUGGUGUAAGUAAUUAAAAAAAAACCAACUUAGAUGGAGAACUAGGGAAAAUGAGAGCUGCUCUGUGUUACUGGGUCUCUUAUGAGCCAUUCACUUCAAGGAUUGCUUCUUGGGAUUUGAGUUGAGAAUCUGCUGGCGUGUGCCUGGUGCCAUUGCUUGCAGAGUGCCUUGUGCAGAUGCUAAAAGUGUCCUAGCCUUUGUACUUACUAAUGCCAUGUCAGCCCUCUGUUGAGCUUGGAACUGUGUGAGCACAAGGCACUGCCAUCCUGUGCUCUUCAGUGCGGUGUCUGUAAAAAGUACAGCCAUUCUGCUGCUUCUUAUCUGUAGGGACCAGUCCAGGGGAAACUGAGGCUUCAUGAGAAAGGCCCUAAGUUUCCUCCUAUAGCACCAGCCUCCAGCGAGAAACUGCUCAGAAUUUUGGGAAAGCCAGCAGGGCUUUCUUCAAAGAACAGCUAUUCCCACUCCAUGGAAGGACAGGUCCCCUUGUGGAUCUCUCCAUCAGUGCCAUAACACAGCCAUCCUGCCACGCUUUAGUCUACGUUGGGUUUGGCUACUCUGAGAUUUCAGUCCCUAAAACUCUGGUUUUUACCAGUAACCAUGUCAGUAGGCUGGUUGUUUGGCUUGUUUGGGUUUUGGUGCAGCCUGCGCUUACACACAGUGAUGCUGAUGGUAGCAAUGCCAGGCGUCGCCCUCCGAGGUGGAGGAGAUGGCUAGAGAGCUGCAGAGCAGGCAGCCCAACGCAGGGUACCUCGAGCCAUUGAGCUCCCUGCCUGAUCAGGCACACGGGGACACUGGGGGGAGUCUCCUUCUUGUACCAGGUAUUGCUCUGGCCUCACACUUCUCUGUGCGGUGCUUCUGGCUCCCAAGUGCCAAGAAAUGCCUCAUUGCCAGCUUCACCCUGCCCUGAGCCCGUCUUAGUGAGUGUGGUGAGGUGGUGCUUCAGGACCAACGUGAGAUUUCUGCCUGCUGGCAGGGGAGCCACACUCCAGCAGAGUAGGGAGGGAAGCCCCAGGGAAUGGAAAAGCAGGAGGCUGUGGCAGGAGGGAGCUGUGGCCCGUAAGUAACAUGCACACAGCAAAUACUCAUCCUAAUGAAAGCAACUGAUUCAUUACAAAACAUCUAGCUGGAAAACAGAUGGCAAAUUUGCAGAUGGCAAAAAUGCACCCAGAGCAAAGCCAAAUGGACUCAACCUUCUGAUAACUUUACAGCAGGCUAGGUGGGACUGUGACUUCUAUCAAGCACCUCUCUUUUUUUUCUCUCCUCCGAUUGCCUAAGCCCUGGGGGCAGAGAGCAUCUUAGAGCCUUGAAAUGAGCAGUUCUCUUAGAGAAUUAAGGCCCUAUUGCUCCCUUGCUAACCUUCUUUACCUGCCUUCAGGCAGCACAGUUCCGAGUUAAACUUAGCAGCUUGCCAAAUACAAGUGAUACGAUGACAAAGGUGCGAAUGCAGAGGACGACCUCCUCUACAGACUGCACCCCUUGGAGAUCCCAAGAAGCAGGACAUGCACUGACAACACAGUCACCUUCUCAGACACCAGCCAUGUCCAGUGCACACAUGGGAACCAGGGUGAGCUGCUUGCAUUUUACACACCACCGAUAUGCAUGCAGGAUAGGCCUGCUGGCAGGUCCAUGAAGGACGUUAGCUGGCAUAAAGAACAAGACAGUCUCACAAAGCUUAACUACGCAGGUCCAAAGGCCAAGGCUGCAUCUUGGUAACCUCCUACAGGAAGGUGUCAGAGAGUUCCCAGGUGUCAACAUGGUGACACGAUGGCUCUCAGAAAGUUGUUGGAAGUGUUCACUGCACUGCACCGGUGCUAACUCACCUAUUAACAAGCAAGCACUGCAUCAACACUUCUCAUCUUCUUUGUUUCCUUAAACCUAUUCCAAAGUUAGGGUUUCCCAUAGGUAAAAGUGCAUCAUAUUGAUGUGAUUGCGUGCUGUGGUACUUUAAGAUCUGCUUAGAUUUUGGGGGAAUGAAACACUUUGAUGCCUUUGUACUGUAUUCUGGGAGAAAGCUUGUUCUGAGGAUGGCAGGUGCAUUCUCUCUCUCCCUUUCCCCAUCUAUUUAGCAGGGGAAAUUCUGGUUUGCAAGCACCACCUCGCUCUUUGUAUUUGGAGGAGAUGUAUACACUGGACGGGCUGGGUAAGCCAAUAUUUUCCUUUAAACAAAAUUUCAAAGAGGAAAGAGAUUCUUGUUUCCAAGGAAAAUGCUGACAUUUUUAUUAACAUUUCAUUUUAUUAACGUUUAUUAACUUUUCAUUUUGGAAAGGAAGCUUUUUUGUCAUUCUAACCAGACUUUGCAAUUUCUUGAUGAUCUCUUUGAGAUCCCACGUCCUACACGUGAUAUUUUUACAAGCUACAGCUGAAGCUCUUCAUGAGUUUCUAUACUUUGUUCCUGCAGAAGCAUUUCUGCCAGCUCUAGAAAAGGUCCCAAUGCUCCUUCUGAGUUUCCCUUGUACUAUCUCCUAGAGUCCUUUUUUAACAAUUGUGUUUGAAAUUAUGUCUUUCCACUUUAGUAAGUAGAACAGAGUCCAGGUGAUUUAAAGGCUAGCUUGCCAGACCUCUGCCUUUCUGGAGCUGGGAUAUCAGAAGGGUUGGUCACCGCGGGAAGGCUGCUUCCCCUGAGCUCUUCCUGUCUUCCAGCAGAGGCACGAGGCACGCUGUGCCUGUGCUGUGCCCAUAGCCAUAGGUUAAAUGAAAUCUCUCGUGGUCUCACAGACAGAAAUCUAAGAGAGCAGCCGAAGAGUUUGAUGCUGGUUGGUUUCUUUUUUCCCCAUGAGGCAAAGUUGAGCCCUGCCUGGGUGUCCCCACUAUGGCGUUCUUUGUUGAGCUGAGCCUGAUGGCGAGCGCUGCUCUGCUGCGUUGCCUCCCACCGAGCCCUGCCCCAGCAGCAGCUGUGAGGAGGGCCCAGUUGCUGAAGCUGUGGCAGAUGUGCUCUGCUGUGUACCUUUGGCCACUUGCUGCUGGGGUGACACUUGUCCCUGCCUAUGUUUCGUACCCUGCUUGUGCCAGCUGCCACUCUUCCCAGGCUGAGCAAUGAGAGGCUGCCGAGGACUGGGAGGCAGAGCAGAGCGGGUGACUGCCCUGUGCCGUGUGCCCUGUGGCACAGGGCAGGGAGUGCAGGGGUCUCUGCAGCCACUGCUGCCUUCGGGCUCGGUUGCCUGGGACGGUGCCCGCAUCCUGUGCUGCUGGCUGGAGCCAGCCCUGCGCGCGGUGCUGGGGUCCUGCUGGCCAGGCUCCCCUGUCACUGCUGUGUGUGUCUUUCAGCUCCUGGCCUGCCCUGACAUGAUGGGAUGGGAUGAGUGUGCCCUGGAGAUCUUCCCAGCCUGCCUGCAAAGUGAGCACAGAGAGAUGCGUCGCCUGAUGCUCAAAGGCUUCAUUGUGCUCUGCCAGAGACUCAGGAUGGUGAGCAGGGGGCAGGCGGCUGGGGGCGUGAUGGAGGAGUGGUGCUGGGUACCACAGUAGCUUGGGCUUGACUGGGCUUUGGGAGCUGUGGAGCUGCUCCCAGCUCUCCUGCCUCCUCAUCCAUCUGCCCGAGUCCUUCGGAGAAGGCCUCUGGCUUCUGGGUCCCAAGGCUUGAAACUCUUGAAUUUUGGACAAUUCAGCCUUUUCUGGCUUCAAGACACAGCAUUUUGUUCCACACAGACCAAGAGAACGCAUUUCCUGGUGCCGAGGCUCCUGGAGCUACUGCAGGAUGCAGACAUGGAGGUGGUCAGGAACACCCUGCCUUU